CUGCCACCAUCGUCGCUUAUCGCGCUUAUAGCAUCAAAAGCCGAGAUGCAGGCGCGCAGUGCGCUGAUGGCGCUGGCGGCAUUGGGCGCGCUGGCGGCGGCGAGCGCAGAGCGCGCGGGCGGCAUCAAGGUGGGCGGCGCGGCGGGCGCGACGGGAGCGGGCGCCGGCGCUGGUGGCGCUCGGGACGGAGGGCGUGGCGGCGGGGUGCGGCUAGGGGGCGACGGGCUGCGGCGCGCGCGCACCUCGCCUGCGCCCGCCGCGCCCCGCACCCCCUCAGUCAUCACCGCCGCGCUCGUGGUGCCGCACAAGGCCUUCGGCGCGCGAGACUACACGCGCGCAGAGAAAGCGGCCCUAGCGAAACUGCCGCGGAAACUACAGAAACUCUUCUCGCAUGUGCGCCUCAACAUUACGCUUUCUAUGCAAGGCCUCACACCCAGUCCUAUGUCUAUCUUGGACUCGCUAUGUAAAGAAUUUUUAGCAGUCAACGUGUCUGCUAUCCUUUAUCUUAUGAAUCAUGAACAAUACGGGCGCUCUACUGCCUCUGCACAAUAUUUUCUACAACUUGCCGGAUAUCUUGGCAUACCGGUUAUCGCAUGGAAUGCGGACAACAGCGGGCUCGAGAAGCGAGCCGCGCACGCCUCGUUACGACUUCAGCUGGCCCCGUCCAUAGAACACCAAACCGCCGCCAUGUUGUCGAUAUUAGAGAGAUACAAGUGGCAUCAGUUCAGUGUCGUCACAUCUGCCAUUGCUGGCCACGACGACUUUAUACAAGCCGUCAGAGAAAGAGUCACCGCUCUACAAGACCGUUUCAAGUUCACUAUACUAAAUGCGAUUGUGGUGAAGAGAGGAUCAGAUUUGAAUGAGUUAGUGACGAGUGAGGCGCGGGUUAUGUUGUUGUACGCAACGAGAGAGGAAGCCGCUGAUAUUUUAUCAACGGCCAGAGAUUUACACCUGACAGGAGAAAACUUCGUAUGGAUUGUAACACAGAGUGUGCUCGGUUCUAUGCAACAACCCAACAAGUUUCCAGUUGGAGUGCUUGGUAUGUUAUUCGUUGCAUCAUUUUUAGUUUUGUACUUUAUGUCAUUGUAUAUUUACUUGAACACGUUAUUAUAUCAACCGACUCUAAUUGAAUUCACACCAGAAGGGGAAUUGAAGGCUGCUGAAUUAAAAAUCAUGAACCUUAGACCGGCUAUGGGUGAACAGUUGGUGUGGGAAGAAAUUGGGACAUGGAAUUCUUAUCCACGAGAAAGGUUAAUAAUAAAAGAUAUCGUAUGGCCCGGCGGGCUACACACUCCGCCACAAGGCGUACCAGAGAAGUUUCAUAUGAGGAUAACAUUUUUGGAGGAACCACCAUAUAUUAAUCUUGCGCCGCCGGACCCUGUAAGCGGACGAUGUUCUCUUGACCGGGGGGUGAUAUGCCGUGUUGCGCCCGAAGUGGACGUUGCUGGAAUAGAAGCAGGGACAGCACACAGAAACAGCUCGUUGUAUCAGUGCUGCAGCGGCUUCUGCAUCGACCUGCUACAGCAGCUGGCCGAGCAGCUCGGCUUCACGUACGAGCUCGUGCGGGUGGAGGAUGGCCGCUGGGGCACGCUGCACCAUGGCAAAUGGAACGGUCUCAUCGCGGAUCUUGUCAAUAAGAAAACUGACAUGGUUCUAACAUCAUUAAUCAUAAAUUCAGACCGCGAGGCUGUUGUAGACUUUAGCGUACCCUUUAUGGAGACGGGAGUAGCGAUCGUUGUGGCGAAAAGGACCGGUAUAAUAUCGCCAACGGCCUUCUUGGAACCCUUUGACACGGCGUCCUGGAUGUUGGUGGGCGCCGUCGCGAUACAGGCCGCCACAUUCUCUAUAUUCUUCUUCGAGUGGCUCUCUCCGAGCGGGUUCGAUUGCUCGACUGGGAAUAAUUCAAAACGCAUCCCUCAAAACAGGUUCUCACUUUGCAGAACGUAUUGGAUUGUGUGGGCUGUAUUGUUUCAGGCGUCUGUCCAUGUGGACUCUCCGCGAGGUUUCACGGCUCGGUUCAUGACGAACAUGUGGGCGAUGUUCGCGGUGGUGUUCCUCGCCAUAUACACUGCCAACUUGGCGGCAUUCAUGAUCACCCGUGAGGAGUUCCACGAGCUGAGCGGGCUGGACGACCCGCGGAUAGCGCGGCCUCUGUCCCAGCGGCCACCUCUUAAGUUCGGCACGGUGCCCUGGUCGCACACGGACGCUACUCUCGCUAAAUACUUUCCAGAACCCCACGCGUAUAUGGCACAGUUCAACCGGAGUACGGUAGGCGCUGGCGUCACGAGCGUACUCACCGGAGAACUCGAUGCGUUUAUAUAUGACGGCACAGUACUCGACUAUUUAGUAUCACAAGACGAAGACUGCCGGCUUCUAACAGUAGGUUCGUGGUAUGCGAUGUCCGGCUAUGGAUUAGCGUUCACGCGUAAUUCUAAAUAUCUUAGUAUGUUCAACAAAAGAUUGCUAGAUUUACGUUCGAACGGAGAUCUUGAAAGAUUACGCAGGUAUUGGAUGACGGGUACAUGCAAGCCUAACAAGCAGGAGCACAAGUCGUCGGACCCGCUGGCACUGGAGCAGUUCCUGUCGGCGUUCCUGCUGCUGAUGGCGGGCAUCCUGCUGGCGGCGCUGCUGCUGCUGCUGGAGCACGUCUACUUCCGCUACGUGCGCGACCACCUCGCCGCCUCCCGCGUCGGCUCCUGCUGCGCCCUCGUCUCGCUCUCCAUGGGUAAUGUUCACCGCGCCCUACAACUCUGUAUACACUACCGUUUUCCUGAUAAUUUAAGCAACUACACGAUCAAAUUAAAUAAUCUACCUAAUGUUGUUUAAUAUCUACGCAAAUGUCUAAUUAUGUACUAGUUUAGC